UCUUCCCUCAAAAUCGGUUUUCAAACUAUGUAAAAUAUUUUCCAGAGCAGCAAGAAAGGCUACUCUUAAUCCUUAAACCCAAUUGAAUGGCGGACGUUGAGGCAGAGGAAGAGGUUCCUCUAGAACAGCAGCCUGGGCAAGAUGAGGGAGAAGCGGAUGAAACUCUCGAGGGCGAGGAUGAAGACGAACCUGAAGGUGAAGAAGAGGAGGAACUAUCGUCAGGGGAGGAAAAGGAUCCCUUUGAGCUCUUGGACGAGAGCGAGUCUGACGACGAGGAGGAACAGGCCAUGUACAAGGAGUAUCUGGAUUUGAUCAAAGAAAUCGAUGCCCAGAACCUGGUCAUCCACGAUCUGAAGGCAAUGGCCACUGAGCUGAGGUGUAAAAGGUGCAAGACCUACAAGGACAAGGAAGAGUACAAGCAUCUAAGGAUCUGUCAAGAGCAGCAUGACAUACAUCUGCAGCAGCUCAUCAACCGGGCAACUCGCCUGCAAAACUUUGGAUCGCGACGGCUAUACGGAGAACUGGAGAUGGAACUUACGGAUGCUGAGGAGAGUUUCUUCUUUACGGGACUCGCAUCAACCUCAUUAACGGCGUGCGCUACAUUCAAGGAUGAGGAGAAUUGCUGCAAUAGAGGCUGCCCCUUCUGUUGGGAAUCCGAUUCUGACUCCGACUCGAAGGAUUAUGAUCCAGCCUGCUGGACCGACUUCUAAGCCAUUUAAUUGGGGAUAUUGGUUGGGGUUAUGUCUUGUACAGAAAAUAUUAUGGUUUUAUAAGAGA